AUGAAGCCUCUGUCUCUGCCCUGUGUGGCUCUGCUGCUGAUGUUAGGCCUGAGCGGAGCCUGGACCGGACUGGGGUCUCGACCUGUGACCGGGUCUGCACCAGGACUGACCCAGCAGAGCGGACUGAACAUGAGGAGGAGUUACAGCAGAGCAGUGCGGGCACUACCUGUAGCUGAUGAACCAGAUGAUACUGCUUUGACUGCAGAAGGCUCUGACCUGCCCACCUGCCUCCUGUGUGUCUGCCUGACUGGUUCUGUUUAUUGCGAGGAGGUGAAUCCAGACAUGACUGCCGUCCCAGCUUUGCCAAAGGAAACAGCUUAUCUAUACGCACGCUUCAACAAGAUCAAGAGAAUCGGCAACAAGGACUUUGCCGACAUCUUGACACUAAAAAGGAUCGAUCUGACAGGAAACCUCAUCUCUGAGAUCGAGGACGGAGCGUUUUCUAAACUCUCGCUGUUGGAAGAACUGACUCUGGCUGAGAACCAACUGGUGAAGCUGCCCAUGCUACCGGGAAAACUCACCAACUUCAACGCCAACUUCAACAUGCUGAAGACCAAAGGAGUGAAAGCCAACGCCUUCAAGAAGCUGACAAAGCUGUCCUACCUGUAUCUAUCUGAUAACCAGCUGGAGGCCGUGCCCCAAAUCCCUGAGAAUGUGAGGACACUGCACCUACAGAACAACAACAUCACAGACGUAAGUGUGGACACGUUCUGUCGCUCCAACGACACGUAUUACCUCAGGCCCAGACUCACAGAGAUCCGACUGGACGGAAACCCAUUGGUCCUGUCCAAGCACCCAGACACCUUCACCUGCCUGAACGUGUUGCCGGUGGGACAGUACCGCUGA